AUGAAAAUCCAUAAAAUUCUUAUAGUUGGAUUGAUAGCUUAUUUAGUAAAUGUUCUUAUAGGAUUCUUUGAUGCUUUCAAGAGUGUUCCAUUAAUAAACACAUACUCUGAUUGUGAAUAUUUGGAUACUGAUAUAAUAGGACCUGAAGAUAUGUAAAAAUAUAAUUCAACAACUAUAAUUGUUGGAUCAGGAGAUUUUCAUAAAUUAUGGUCACAUGGAAAACCUAUUUUAGAACAAUUGGGAUUAUAUGCAAUAGUUAAUUCUUAAGAAGAGAGACCAAAAGUUAUAAAAUUAGGAAUUCAGAAUUUCCCAAAAGAUAUUUCUUUAUAUGUUCAUGGAAUUGAUAUUAGAAAAUAAUAAGAUGGAGAAUAUAUUUAUGCUUUGAAUCAUGCCUAUUAAAAUGGAGGGGAAAGAGUUGAGAUAUUCAAAAUUUUAGAUGAGCAUCUUAAUCUUGAAUAUUAACAUUCUAUAAUCAUGGAUGAGAAAUAUAAUGGAAUAUUAAAUGAUUUAAUAGUAAUUGAAGAUAAUCGUUUUUUCAUUAAUAAAUAUAUGCCAUAUACAGAUCCAAUAGAAGGAAGACAUAAAAUUACUCCAUUUCAUUUGAUAAAAACUAUAUUUGUAUGGAUUAGUAAAUAAAAAACUUCAUUCAUUAUUGAUUGUAAAUUUACUAAGUAAAAUAAAAUAAUAAAUCCUGAAUGUAAAGAAUUAUUAGAUGCUCCACUUACUGGAGUAGUUUUGAAUGGAAUAACAUGGGAUAGAAAAAAUCGCGUUUGGGCAGCAGAUACUAUUGCAAAAUAAUUAAAUGAAUAUGAAAUAACAAAUUAAGGUCUUAUAUUCAAAAGAUUUAUUGACAUUGAAAAUUCUAUAGAUAAUUUAGAAUAUGAUGCAGAUAGAAAUUCACUUGUUUUAGGAUUAAUUCCUAAAUUACAUAAUUAUUUUUCUUUAGAUGGAUUCUUAAAAGGAAUUGAUAUCUUAAAAAGAGACACUUAAUUUGAAUAUUGGGCAACUGUUGGAGAAUAUAAUCUCACAUCUAAUAAACUCAAUUAUCUAGCUUAAAAUACUUAAUUACCUAAAGGUGUUUCUGGGGCUUUAAUUAGUGGAAAUAAUCUAAUUGUAGCUAGUUGGUGUGAUAUUACAGUUGCUGUCUGUAAGAAAAAAUGAGAAAUUAUAAACUUAAAUUUAUAAUUUUAUCAAAUAUUCAAUAAUUUUAUUUAUUACACAGAUAACCUUUCUUUUUUAAAUAAUAUGAAG